CUUUUUCCCAUCGUGGUAUUCAUCCGCUUACCGAGCUGCCUCUUCCACCGUACCUGGUUUCCUAUCCCUCACCCAGUCCCGGGUUUCUGUUGGCGUGUGUUUAAAGAAUUGCUCCAAUAAUAUCAAUUGCACCGCAUCCUCCAAAGUCUUUGCCUGACAGCCCUGCAUCCAAUUUCGAGCCGCCCGGUGCAUCCGAAAGGCCCUUUCGGCAUACAAUUCUCGAUUACCCUUUCUCAAACCGCAAAACUUUCUCCUUUAGGCUACCAGGGUGACGGCAAACCGGGCAAGCAGGAUGUAGCUUAACCGCUGAUAAUCGAGAAUAGCAUAUUCGGGGACCGCCUGGUAUUCCUCUUCCGCUCGGCCGGUGAGUUUACUGCUAAAUAUCGCAGCCCAGUGUUCUUGAUCUAGCCCCUCUAAAGCGCACUGUCUCUCAAAGUCCUGCAAAUAAGUGUCGAUCUCCAUUUCCCUGUCAACAAAAGUUUUCCAGGUAUUGAUGCCGUCUCUGCCUGGCAUAGGUUCGCCUGCUGGGCCCUUUGUUCUGCACUUACCUGUGCCAUGAUAUGCGCCACAAUUUCCGGCAAAGGAUUUGUCCCCAGCAGGCCAACUCUGCUUCCUCCUGGCUUACAUUUGACGCACCCCUGGCUUGAUUGCCCUCCAUCAAUUCGGCGAUGAGGGUAGCUUUCUUUUUGUUGCUCGCCGACUGACCCCGAGCUUACAGCAAAUCUUUCAGUGUAGUUCUCCUUAACUUCUCGUACUGCUGGACCAUUCACCAGUUCUCCUUGAUUGGGAAUUCCAUUCGAUCCCGUCGCUUCCCACCAGUUGUUAAGAACACUGGUAUGUCAGAUACCCGUUCGCUACCGGUUCCUCCCAAACUGCUAAAAGCUGAGUGAUUUUAGCUCGCAGUUCGGGUGUUGAUUCAAACGUUCUUCAGAAGACAAUGCAGUAUCCAAGUAAGUUCUCCCAGCAAUCAAACACAUACCCAAACAUCAGCCUAAACUAGUGUACAACAGGAAGUGUACAACAGGAAUGAAUUUAUUCAGGCCAACUGGCAGGUUUAUAUGCAAGUCCCCAUGCAAGGGUUUUAUACCGGUGGUUGUGGUGUGCCAAAACCGACGUUCAGGUAGGCCUGUAAAAAGAUGGCCCACCAAGUAAAUGUUUUGAUAGUAUUAUUAAAUACGGACAAAGGGACUAGGAAAUUAAAUAUAAAAUGUAAGUUCAGGAGAUAGAGAUGUAAGGGAAAGUAAGUGUAAUCUAAUUAGAACCCAUUCUUAGAGAAACAAUAUAUUGAGCUAGCUCUCUAAACCCCAGGGGGAAAAAAAAUCUGAUAAUUAAGUUAAAAAUGUGAAAAAUUAUAAACAUUGACAUUAUUCAAAAUCCUGACUGAGACCUUUUUGGAAUCAAAGUAUCGAUCUCAUAUAUCCAUCUCGUUUCUUCCUUAUUCAUUGUGUUAGUAAAGUCUUCACCUCUCCAGUUUUUAUGAAGUUGUUUAAUUGCUGUGAAUGAACUUCCUACACUGGAACAAUUAAGUAUUUGUUUAUAAUGUGUGGAGACAGAAUGGUUCUCAAUAUCUUUUUUGAUAUUGUGCAAGUGUUCUUGAAUCGUUACAUUGACCUUCCUAAUUGUACAUCCCAUAUUAUUUUGUAAUUAUGUAGUCAUACCCUUCAUACCAUCAGUCAGCUGACAAUCACAGCCAAUUACAGCUGCCCAUUUCUGCUCAGUCAAAUACUUCCUAGCCAAAGCAGCUUAGAGGUGAUGGUGAUCCUGAGAUUCUCGUUCAGCAUAAAAACAUUAAAAAUGGUUUAAUGCUGAAUGAAAUUAUGGCACCAGGGGACACCUGACACUAUAACCAGUUUAAUGAGAUGAAGGACAUACAGCACCCAUUAAAAUCGAUUAAGUGAAUAAGUUAUGGCAAAUAAAUAAUGGUUAAUCCUUCUCAUGUGAGGGACAAAACUGCUUACAGAGAAAAGUCCAAUAAUUUUAUUAUACAAUCACAAAAACUAGAACAGCCAUAUGUCCAUUACCUUGACUGCAAUAUCACCCUUGUCGCCAGUCCUGAAUAUUACAUUUGAAUACAGUAAUCACUACAAGAUUUCUGCCAAGAUCUGAUAUAAUUUCUAAUCAGUUUUUAUUUUAUUUUUUUAUGUAGAUGAAGAGCUGAGUAUUACCACCACACGCCCCCAGGUUCCUAUUGGUCAGAUUCCGUACACUCUGUCAUUGAAUGCUCACUUCCAAUCGGCCUACGGCAUCUCCAAAAUCGAGUCUAACUGCAACAUUACCCCUUUGGAGUACACGGAUACUGACAAGACAGCAGCCAAAGUGAGCGAACCAUACAAUAACACUGACGUGUAAACCUUAGGCUUAUUAACCAAUUUUAAGAUGUACAAAGAGAGUUAAUAUCCUUUUCUGUUUCUUUCUCUGAAAUAUCUCACCUUGCAAUUGGUCAUCUAAAUAGCUUGCUUUGCCAUUGUUCUGAUGUUAAAUACUUCAGAUACAGUCAUUCCUUGGCUCAGGCUGGCAUGGAUCUUGAUAGAGUGCUUUCAUGUUUUUUGUUUUUUUUAAGUACAUGCUGUGUUUUUAAGGGUUUAACAUGUUGGGCUGUGACAAUAAACUCACAGUUAAAGCAUUUUGACCAAAACGCAGGUCCUUCUUUUCACCUCCUCAUGAUCCCCUUUGUCACGUUGCUUUCUUCCCCAUUUCUCCAGGUGUCUCUGGCUCAAGGGCAUAAGUUUGAACGAGAUGUUGAGCUUCUUGUUUAUUAUAAUGAGGUGAGCAAGCCUAGUGCUACUGUGGAAUCAGCGCUUCCAGAUGCCAAAGCAGGUAAGCCAAUCAGAAGCCAAUCUAUUUAGCAUUCUAUUUCUAUGUAACAUGGUUUCGGUCGGUCCUCUCCUUACCCAGUGUUAGAGUGCCUUCUCAUGCAUAAUGACUUGAGGAUGCUGGGAUCUGUGCUGUAGCCAAUAUAUAACUUGCAGAUUAGGGGUUUGUCAAUAAACUUAGCUGAUAAAUGAGGAGUGGAUAACCAAAGGAGGUCAUUAUAAUGCAGGUUUUAUUCUACAAACAUUUAUAUUUUACGUUGCCUUUUUGGAAUUACCGGUGAGCUGCAUUUAACAGAUUUGCCAGUUUAACAACACUUGCCAGUCACAAAAUCCCAAGCGCCGUACAGCACAACAUAUUGCUCAUUGGCUACAGAGAACAGGAAUGGGUCCUCUCCCAACAUCUUCAUUAUUGUCACAGAGUGAUUAGGGAUGAAAAACAAAAUCCCUUAAAUUUAACAGUUUAUCUAAGCUUCUCCUGCAGGGAUAUCUUUACUACAACAGCAUCCGCUAGAGCAGGGAUUGACAACCUUCAGCACACCAGAUGUUGUGGACUACAUCCCCCAUAAUGCUCUUACACCCAUAAUACUGGCAAAGCAUCAUGGGAGGUGUAGUCCAAAACAUCUGGAGUGCCGAAGGUUGCCUAUGCCUGCGCUAGAGUCUGGUACAAAACAGCUCAGUUCAAACAAGCUCCAGCUUUAUCAUAUACAUUUCCUUUAUACAUUACAUUUUGUAGAUAGCUUGCAGGAAUAUGUAAUGCCUAUAUUUGUAACCUGCAAACUAUGUUUCUUAAAGCAGAACUGUCAUCCCCCCCCCUUCUUCUGAAAAAUGAGUAUUUGUUUUAGAUUGAAACUUUAUGAAAUAGCCAUGCAAUGUAAACAUUACUGUUCCUACUAAAUGGCAAUGCUUUAUGUCACAGUUUUAGAACUAAAGGACCACUGCACCUAGAUCACUUCAUUGAUAUAAAGGGGUCUGAGUGCCUGUAGUGGGGCUUUAUGAGAUUACAUUUUAGUUUAUAGUUUUCACUUACUCUUUACCGUAUUUAUUUUUCUCUUUUUACAUAGGGUCUGUGAUGGCAGAGCAAGUGGUGAUGUUGAAUUUCUACCCUAGCUUCCCAGCAAUGCAAGAGCAGUCUAAUUGUGGGGAGUUCAUCUUUCUCAUGGAUCGCUCUGGAAGCAUGGAAUGUGCAAUGA